CGUUGGUAGAGCAGCACUGGCCACAAACAGCUGUUGUUCCCACCGCUUGAAUUGUUUUGUUUUGGUAUUUAAGACUUUAAAUUGAAAUUAUAGCAUGGCAGAGGAACCUGAGGACUCCAGCAAGAGCUUCGUUAUCUUCGGACGCGAUGUUGCCCAGAUACCAUGCUUUCGUAACAGUUUUCUGUACGGAAUCAGCGGCGGAAUUGGCAUCGGCGUGCUGACCUUUUUGGGCACCUCCCGUACACAUCUUUCCACGCACGUGGGCUUCGGAUCCUUCUUCUGCGGCACCAUCGCGUAUUGGAUGUCCUGCCGGUAUCAAUGGUCUGCCCGCCGGUUUGAGCAGCAGCAGUUACGUGAGGCCAUGCGCCGCCAGGCAUUAUACGAAGGCACAAAUGUCGAAAAAGAAUUAGACCUUAAGUCUGCGUAGUAUUAGUAAUACAAAUAUUGUAAAUAUUUUACUCCUCCUAUGUGUAUGUGCAUCUGAUCUGACUCAGGUAAAUUUUCCUUGUUUUAAAAUUCGUUUGUUACUAAACAGCCUUAAAUUUACCAAUAUACAAAUAGAUUAUUUUGUAAGUGAAAUCUUACCUAACAGUAGAACAAAUAAGAGAUUUGUUUAGUUAUGCACAAUACUUUGUGAAAUAUAAAAGAUCUACCCUCAAGGGGGAUCUACACAUAUAUUAUAUUCAUUGCUAAUUGAAUAUUCUACACGACAUCGUGCAUAAUAUUUAAUUUUAAUUAAAGGUUUCGAACAGUCCUAUCAA